GUUCAGUCCGGUAGGGGGCAGUACGUGUCUCCAGUAGAAUAAAAUCCCCGGAAAUUCAAUUGAACGCCGAAGACAAGACUGUCUGUGGACGUUUUUUUGCACGUUUGGUUGACUGAUAGCUUGUUAAGAUGUCCAUUGGAGUUCCUAUCAAAGUUCUUCAUGAAGCAGAGGGACACAUAGUCACCUGUGAGACCAACACUGGGGAGGUCUACAGGGGCAAACUGAUCGAGGCUGAGGACAACAUGAACUGUCAGAUGGCAAACAUGACAGUCACAUACAGGGAUGGCCGUGUAUCUCAGCUGGAGCAGGUGUAUAUUCGUGGCAGUAAGAUCAGGUUCCUCAUCCUUCCCGACAUGCUGAAAAAUGCUCCUAUGUUAAAGAGUAUGAAGAACAAAAAUCAGUCCGCUGGUGCAGGUCGAGGAAAAGCAGCUAUUCUUAAAGCCCAAGUGGCUGCCAGAGGCCGUGGCCGGGGUGGACCAGGACGAGGGAACGUGUUCCAGAAGAGGCGCUAGUUUUAUGUUGAUAACUCUUUUUUUUUAUUUUUUAUUUUUACAUUUUGGUCUGAUGUAUUUUAGAAGUUCAUUUUAUGCUUUGAGAAAUAAAUGGGUGAUUUUGCUAUU